AUUUCACUAGGCUUUUAGGUUAGUUUUGCAUUUGAUUCAAGUUUGGGUAUAGGUUUGGGGUUAAAAUCAAGUUGUGGGUUAGUUUUGGCAAAAACCUCAUGAAAUUAUAACUAUACUUUUCUAUUAAAAAAAUCACUGUUUAUGAAUAAAGUACAAAAUUAAUGUGUGAAAUGGCUAUGGCACAAGUGUAUGGUUAUGCAAUAUCACAAAUUCAAUAAAAUUAUCAAAAUCUCUUACUAAUAAUUUUAAAAAUAUUGUAUACACAAACAUAUAAAUAAAAUUUAUUUAACAUAUAAGAAAAAAAUACAGAAAAUGUUACAAAGAAAUGGGCAUAUGAUUACGAGAAACGAGCGUAUGCCGGAUCAACUUUUAAAUUGUUAUUAUUUUAUAAAAUAGAUUUUGAUUAAGGUUUAUACAAAAAUAUGGUUACAAAAAACACACAAAUAUAAUUACAAAGAAAAACAUAAAUAUAAAAAUUAAAUUUCAGAAUCUUCUAGUUAACUAAUAAACAAAAACCUAAACAGAUUUGCGGUGGUACGGGAUAAAGAUGAAUAUAGUUUAGUAUAUAUAGUGUUAGAAAGGGUAUGAUUACAUAUUUUCAGGGUUUAUUUAACAAAUCUUCCCUAGUCAAUUGACAUGCAGCAUGCAAAGAAGGGUCCUUCUUCUCUCUAAACCCUAAUCGUCGGUGAAUUGAAUUCUGAUCCCAAGACGAUUUCGCCUUUAACCUAGAUUAGGGCGUUUUAUUUCCUCCUCUGUAAAACCCAAUUGGUCUCUCUUUUUCAGGCGAUCCGAUUCGAUGUCACUCGUCCGUUGCUUAUCCCUCAGGUCGGUGCUUAACGCUCGCCGUUACCGAUCCUCUUAUGCUUGUCUUGUCCCCCUUAACUAUCGUCGUGAUGAAGAAGAAGAAGAAGCUACGCGCCAAUUCCCAGAAACUCGGAGUUACCACAGUUUCAUCCAUCACCAGAGCUCGAGCUUCUCUCGCAAUCGGUCUUCCUUCCAAUCUCCCGCGAUUCCGUCUCAUCGCACCAUUUCGACCUUCAACUUCACUGGCUCGACCGCAACUGUUGAAAUCCUCACCGAUUGGGUUUUGAAAUCUGCUGUUUCUAAUGUCUGUGCUUUACACAAUGUUGCUGAUGCUCUUGCUUCACUUCAACACUUGCUCGCCUUGCUCAGUGCUUUCACAUUUUCUCAGUGGUGGGUGUGUAUCAUCGUCACAUCGCUUUUGAUUCGGGGAGUGACGAUUCCGGUUUUGAUUGAUUGGCUAAACAACAUUGCUGAGUAUUUCAAGAAUGUUGGCUCGCACUAUGCUUCACCGCAAGGGGAGGCUCUAAACAAGGCAUCACUUCUCAGAAAAAGUGGAAGACUAAUGUACACCAUGCUGGAAAAGGAGUUUCUUGGAGUGAAAGGAUCAAUCAGUGGCAAGGGCAUUCAGGUUCCUCUCUUCUGGCUUUCCAUUGAAGAGUUAAGACAAAACAUGGCUGGGAUUCUUGUUUCCUGUCUUCGUGGUAAGACAUUUUCAGCGGAACUAAUCAGGAACGGAGUCUUGAGCGAAGGACGCUUAGUGAUAGUCGUUGGUGAUGGAUUCGGCCUUGAAAUCCAAAUCUUCGAUCUUGAUUUCUCUCUUAUCCUCAGGCGUCGUCAAGUCCAGAAACAGGCUCAGCAAUACCAUCAGUAUCUAUUGGAGUAGCAUGGAAACUAAUGCGACAAUGACAUAAAGCUACGAUUUAUUAUUUUUUGGUUGAAAUUGGUUUCGUAACCUAUUUGCGUAUUGAUUGAUGUUGAUAAAGCGUGUCUGGACGUUAGAGGACUCGAAAACUUUGGGAAAAUACAAAUAAUCAUUCUUAUUUUUCUGGCUUUCUAAUUCUGCAUCACUUUCUUCUUCCAUCUCUUUAUACCUCACGCCAAUCUUGUUUCUUUUCAAUGUUAUGUAUCGUCGUCACUAAAUUGCAAAAUUUGUUUGCUUCAAAUCUCUUUUUGGUGGUGAGGAUAAGAGAAACUGCCAUCACUGUGGAAAUAUGUUUUUUAUCGCUUUGAUAGCUGAAUCCAGCCAGCACUUUCUUAGUUAAUCUCUAAUGCAGCUCGUGGUUGACUUGGGUUAUCAACACAUUCGUAAGAAAUGUGUAUUUUUCAUCUUCUCGAGAGUUGAUUUCACUGCCAUGGUCAAUUCUUCUUUUCUACUUUUGAUCCAUGAGUUCACUAUAUUAUGUACUUGUGGUUAUCCUCACUUCGCGCGAAUUGUUACUUUUUUUUCAAAGGAAUGUAUUGCUGUGUAACUUGAUCAGUUCGUGAAUGGCUUUAAUUGUAUUGGUGUUUAUAGGUCUUUGAGAUUAUUGAGUGAAAGUUUGUGAGUUGCUGUGAUUUGUGAUAGACUGCGUAGCUAGUGGAUGGAGAUGGUAUUUUGUUUGUGGUUUCUUGAGUGUGUUAACUUCGUUGUACGACUGGCGUUUUUCUUAAAGAAAAAUUAAAGAUGUUCGUUACAUUCUGGGUGCAAAGUUGGAGUUGUUGAAUUUUUUUUUUGUUAAACGAUCACACCUCUGUUUCAAUAUUGUAGUCUGUGUCUCCGACAUCCAGUACUGGACCAUAGAUCGAUCAUAUUUCGACUGAGGAUGCGAUUAUAAUGAAAGAGCGACAAUUUUUGUUUAAUAAGAGAUGGAUCGGUGAAGAAAGCCUGAUGGAAUCAAAUAUCAAAAGGAUGGUUAUCAAUGGAUACAAGGAGUGCUGUCGAGAUAGUAGACAAAAUUUAUGGAUGCUGCUGGUAUGCAGGGCCGGCUCAAAGAAACUGUAGGCUCUUGAGCAAAAUAAUUUUCAAAUUUUUUUUAUAUAUCAUGGAUAAUUUAUAAAAAAAUUGGACCCUUAUCUCUAUUUUUGUUAAACAAAUAGGCCACUUUCUAAUACUAUAUAUGCCAAAAAAAAGUUGGACUCUGGGACCACACCUCAUUGCACUGCCUCCUAAGCCGACCCUGCUGGCAUGAGAUUUUGAUUUGUAAGAAGGCGAAUCCACCUUAAAGUAUUUUUGUUUUAUAGGAGACUCUCGAGGAUCUCGAAGUACAAAAUGAUUUGACAAAACCAUAUGAAGAA